CGGCGGAGAGGCCUGACCAGGCAGGGCUUCCUUGGGUCGGAUGUGCCGGCCCGGCUUUGUGGUUGAGGUCGGGUCUCAGCCACUGGGCCCGGGAAGAUGGUGCUAGGUGGUUGCCCGGUGAGUUACCUACUUCUGUGCGGCCAGGCGGCUUUGCUGCUGGGGAAUCUACUUCUGCUGCACUGUGUCUCUCGGAGCCACUCGCACAACGCUACCGCCGAACCCGAGCUCACAUCCGCUGGCGCCGCCCACCCAGAGGGCUCCGCCGGCGCUCCGAGCUGGGAAUAUGGCGACCCCCACUCUCCAGUCAUCCUUUGCUCUUACCUACCUGAUGAAUUUAUAGAAUGUGACGACCCAGUGGAUCAUGUUGGAAAUGCAACUGCAUCCCAGGAACUCGGUUAUGGUUGUCUCAAGUUUGGUGGGCAGGCCUACAGUGACGUGGAACACACUUCUGUCCAGUGCCGGGCCCUCGACGGGAUUGAGUGUGCCAGUCCUAGGACCUUCCUACGGGAGAAUAAACCUUGUAUAAAAUAUACGGGACACUACUUCAUAACCACUUUACUCUACUCCUUCUUCCUGGGAUGUUUCGGAGUGGACCGUUUCUGUCUGGGACACACUGGCACAGCAGUAGGGAAACUGUUGACACUUGGAGGACUUGGGAUUUGGUGGUUUGUUGACCUUAUUUUGCUUAUUACUGGAGGGCUGAUGCCAAGUGAUGGCAGCAAUUGGUGCACUGUUUACUAAAAAGAGCUGUUGUCAUGGCCUAGAGAGGCAUGUCUUCCUACAGGCUCAAAACUCUGAUAGCAGACCUGAUUAUUACUUUCCAUCCCUGGAGGGAAUCAGUUUGGUUAGGAAGUUUCUUCGGACUCUGGGUUUUCAACCCAGAUUUUACCUUGCAGACUAGAAAUGACAAGCAAACAGUGUUUGGGAAUCAAGUGUGUACCUUUCCUCACAUACAAAAUAUAAAGGCUAGUGACUAACUUAGUAAGUUGCAGAGGGGUUUCCAUACUGUAUUUCUGUACAUUGCUGUAUCUUCAAUACUUUGGAGCAAGUGGACCCAACAAGAUGAGCAAAGUGAAUAUUUUUAGCCUUGUGCCUUUUGUGACCCUGAAUCUUCAUGCAGAGGAGAUCUGAAGCUGAACCAGUGAAAAUCUUCAGCAGAAGUAAAAUGGCCAUGGAUUUUAAUACACACUGAAAUUCUGACUUUCUGAAUUUAAAUUGUGGAAUAAAUUUUGCCAACCUGGAAUGCUGUUUGUUAUUUUCAAUAAGUAGAGUGAGACUCAAAAUUCUGUGUUUUGCUAAAAGCUAGGCAUUUGAAAUGAACCAUUCUACUAAUAAACCCUAUUGUUACAUCAUUAUUAUGCUCCAGAGGCAGCAUAUGGAGUACAAUAAUUUCUUCAUUUCAAUUAUAUUUUGAGAGCCCAACAAUAAUCAGAUAUGUCUGGGUUAAGCUAUCCUCUUGGUUAUCCUAUCUAAAAAUUAAUUAUUUACUAGUUCAGAGAGCCUAUGUUGUAGGCUGGUAAAAAAGAUCUCCUACAACUAACUAUAAAACUAUUCACAAUUAUGUUAGAUAAGUUGUAAAGCCUCGUACCUUUGGGGGAAAAAAAAAACAAAACAGAUUGUUACUUAAAGGACAGAAUUACUGAGUAUUGGGUGGAGUCAGGAUGUGAUUUAUGGGGGCAAAAAGAAAACAUUCGUUCAAAAUAAACAUGGUACCAGAAGCUCUCGCUGUGGACUACUAGAGUCCAUUGUCAGGAAAAAGAGACAGCCAAGCUUUUGCAUUCCCAAAUCACUGGGAAUAAAAGGAAAUGUUCUGAAUUAUAAGUUCGGAGAAACUUAGUGCCUCCUUUG